CACUCGCAUCUCCAACACAACACAGCAUCACACACGGUCUCUCACUACACUACAGCGAUCAGAAAGCGAGCUCUCUCUAGCUAAAACUCGUACCAAGCCCCGAGAAGGAGGAUAUGGCGGGUGUGGCGAAGGCGUCGUGGAUGGUGGCGAUGAGCGUGGGGGCUGUGGAAGCCCUCAAGGACCAGGCGGGGCUCUGCCGCUGGAAUUACGCGUUGCGGUCCAUCCACCGGAGCGCCAGGGCCAACGUGCGUAGCUUCUCGCAGGCCAAGAAGCUGGCCCCGGCGGCGGAGAAGACGCAAGCGGACAAGGCCGAGGAGGGGAUGAGGACGGUCAUGUACCUCAGCUGCUGGGGACCUAAUAACUAGCCAUCGAUCCUCUCUGUUUCAACUUACGUUCAGCAGCCGAGCUUGGCUUAGAUCAUGGCGGUUGCCCCCUGAUUGUAAUAUAUGAUGAUGAUGAUGAAAAGUUCAGUCAGUAAUUUGAGUAUACGAAUGCUUCUGCUACUCUACUGGUAAGCCAAGAAGCUGGCCCCGGUGGCGGAGAAGAGGCAAGCGGACAAGGCCGAGGAGGGGAUGGGGACGGUCAUGUACCUCAGCUGCUGGGGGCCUAAUAGCUAGAGCUUCAGCCGUCUCUGUUUUGGCUUUAAGCACCCGAGCUUGGCUUGAGACUUGGCCGAUUGCCUCCAGAUUGUAAUAUAUGAUGAUGAUGAAAAUUUCUGCCACUCGAGUAUAUGAAUGCCUCUGCAAUUGUACUUGCUAA